UAUAAUCAGGAUUAUACAACUAACUAUAAAAUUCUAAUGGAUAAUUGCUGAAGGAGAAGGUACAUGGUGUUGUACAAGUAUAUAAAAGGGGGCUCUGACUAGUUCAGGAAGUUGGGAAAAGCUUUCGUGAAGAAAUGAUUGGUAGAUGUGAAGUGUAUGUAGGCAAGGUGUGUGGGGUUGGCAGGGCCAACCCAGUUUUCUCAGGCAAAGGUGGAUGCCUGAGGUGGGAGAGCUGAGAGAAGGUGAGUAGGGCUGGAGCUGAGACCCAGGAGCUCAGCAUGGGGGAGGUUGGCAAGGUAGCUGGGUAGCAGACCCCCUCACAGCCUUACUGGGCAGGGGGUUUACUAUUUACCCUAAGAGCAGUGGGAAGCCAUUGAAGAGUUUUAAGCAGGGGGCUAACAGUCUGAGGUGCACUUUGAAGAGCUUGUUAUAGCUGCCGAUUGGAGUGGAUGCGGGGAAAACAGUUGGGAGGCCACUGCAAUUAGAUGAAAAAAGAUGGUGGCUUGGGCAAGAUGGGUGGUGGAAAAGGAAAUGGAGAGAAAUGGAUAGAUUCAAGAAAUCUUGAGGAGGUAAAGUUAACAAGACUUGGUGAUUUAUUGGCAAGGAAGAGGGAGUUGUGGAGAGUGACUCAUAGGUUUCCAUUUGGACAAUUGAAUGGUGUGGUGCCAGUCUCUGAGACGGGCUCCCCUGGAGCCUGGUAGGACCCAAAGAUGUUAGAGAGGCUCCUGAGGCAGCUUGAGAUGGGAAAGUGUGACACAGAAAAUUGUAUUUCCUCCACUAUUGAUUAGUUUCUGACUUCCCACGCUGAGGAAAGCGUCAGGGGCAAGAGCAAGUCUGAAUACAGAACUAAAGCAGUUGAACGCUUAGAAAAGUCGGUUCCCGAUUCUGGUCCCCGGCCCCCAGCAGCGCCUGCCCCCUUCCCACCGGGGCCCCCCAUGAUGCCACCACCCUUCAUGCCCCCUCCAGGGAUCCCCCCACCCUUUCCUCCGAUGGGGCUACCCCCCAUGAGUCAGAGACCACCAGCUAUACCCCCCAUGCCACCUGGCAUCCUGCCCCCAAUGCUUCCACCAAUGGGGGCACCACCACCACUCACACAGAUACCAGGAAUGGUACCUCCGAUGAUGCCAGGAAUGCUGAUGCCAGCGGUGCCUGUCACCGCAGCGACGGCUCCGGGUGCGGACACCGCCAGCUCUGCUGUGGCUGGGACAGGCCCUCCGAGGGCCCUAUGGAGUGAGCAUGUGGCCCCAGAUGGGCGCAUCUACUACUACAAUGCUGACGACAAGCAGUCCGUGUGGGAGAAGCCCAGCGUGCUCAAGUCCAAGGCAGAGCUGCUCCUGUCUCAGUGUCCCUGGAAAGAGUACAAGUCGGACACAGGCAAACCUUAUUACUAUAACAACCAGAGUAAAGAGUCUCGCUGGACCCGGCCCAAGGAUCUGGAUGACCUAGAGGUUCUAGUCAAACAAGAGGCUGCAGGGAAACAGCAGCAGCAGCUGCCACAGACACUUCAGCCACAGCCGCCUCAGCCACAGCCUGACCCCCCACCUGCACCUCCUGGCCCCACCCCAGUGCCCACAGGCCUCCUGGAACCUGAGCCAGGUGGGAGUGAAGACUGUGAUGUGUUGGAGGCCACCCAGCCCCUGGAACAGGGGUUCCUGCAGCAGCUGGAGGAGGGCCCCAGCAGUUCUGGACAGCAUCAGCCACAGCAGGAGGAGGAGGAAUCAAAGCCAGAACCAGAGAGGUCUGGCCUCAGUUGGAGCAACCGGGAGAAGGCAAAGCAGGCAUUCAAGGAACUGCUGAGGGACAAGGCUGUCCCCUCUAAUGCCUCAUGGGAACAGGCCAUGAAGAUGGUGGUCACCGACCCCCGUUACAGUGCCUUGCCUAAACUGAGUGAGAAAAAGCAGGCAUUCAAUGCCUACAAGGCGCAGCGGGAGAAGGAGGAGAAGGAGGAGGCCCGGCUAAGGGCCAAAGAGGCCAAGCAGACCCUGCAGCAUUUCCUGGAGCAGCACGAACGCAUGACCUCCACCACCCGCUACCGGCGGGCAGAACAGACCUUUGGGGAGCUGGAGGUCUGGGCUGUGGUCCCUGAGAGGGAUCGAAAAGAGGUUUAUGAUGAUGUCCUCUUCUUCCUGGCCAAGAAGGAGAAGGAACAGGCCAAGCAGCUCCGGCGCCGCAAUAUCCAGGCCCUAAAGAGCAUCCUGGAUGGGAUGAGUAGUGUCAACUUCCAAACCACAUGGUCCCAGGCCCAGCAGUACCUCAUGGAUAACCCCAGCUUUGCUCAGGACCAUCAGCUGCAGAACAUGGACAAGGAAGAUGCACUGAUCUGUUUUGAGGAGCACAUCCGAGCUUUGGAGAGGGAAGAGGAGGAGGAACGGGAGCGGGCCCGGCUUCGGGAGCGACGCCAACAACGCAAGAAUCGGGAGGCCUUCCAGACCUUUCUGGACGAGCUGCACGAGACAGGGCAGCUGCACUCUAUGUCCACCUGGAUGGAGCUAUAUCCAGCAGUCAGCACUGAUGUCCGCUUUGCCAACAUGCUGGGCCAGCCGGGCUCCACCCCUCUGGACUUGUUCAAGUUCUAUGUGGAGGAGUUGAAGGCACGAUUCCAUGAUGAAAAGAAGAUCAUUAAGGACAUCCUUAAGGACCGGGGCUUCUGCGUGGAGGUGAACACGGCCUUUGAGGACUUCGCCCACGUCAUAAGCUUUGACAAGAGGGCUGCCGCACUGGAUGCAGGCAACAUCAAGCUGACCUUCAAUAGUCUGCUGGAGAAAGCAGAGGCACGGGAGAGGGAGCGGGAGAAGGAGGAGGCACGCAGGAUGCGGCGCAGGGAAGCUGCCUUUCGAAGCAUGCUGAGGCAGGCUGUGCCUGCUCUGGAGCUAGGCACUGCCUGGGAAGAGGUCCGUGAGCGUUUUGUGUGUGACUCAGCCUUUGAGCAGAUCACCCUGGAGUCGGAGCGGAUCCGGCUCUUCCGGGAGUUCCUACAGGUGCUGGAGACUGAAUGCCAGCACCUCCACACCAAAGGCCGAAAGCAUGGCAGGAAAGGCAAGAAGCACCAUCGCAAGCGUUCCCACUCACCCUCAGGCUCUGAGUCAGAAGAAGAGGAGCUGCCCCCACCAUCUCUCCGGCCCCCCAAGCGGAGGAGGCGGAACCCCUCAGAGUCAGGCUCUGAGCCCUCUUCCUCACUUGAUUCAGUUGAAAGUGGGGGUGUUGCCCUUGGAGGACGGGGCUCCCCUUCCUCCCAUCUUCUUGGAGCAGAUCAUGGCCUUCGGAAAGCCAAGAAACCAAAAAAGAAAACUAAGAAGAGAAGACACAAGUCGAAUAGUCCUGAGAGUGAGACAGACCCUGAGGAGAAAGCUGGCAAGGAGAGCAAUGAGAAAGAACAAGAACAGGACAAGGACAGGGAGCUCCAGCAGGCAGAGCUCCCUAACCGUUCCCCAGGCUUUGGAAUCAAGAAGGAGAAGACAGGCUGGGACACGUCAGAAAGUGAGCUGAGUGAGGGUGAGCUGGAGAGGCGGCGGCGGACACUCCUACAGCAGCUGGACGAUCACCAGUGACCCAAUGAGCUGUUCUCUGCCUCGGGUCUGUGUGAGGCCAUGGCUCCUGGGCCACCCUCACCAUCUGCCUCAGACUUCUUCCUUUGUCUGGUCUGUGUCCACUUUUUCUAAAGUAACCCCACCCCCAGAACACCAUUGUUGGCACCUCUCAAGGUUGCUCUUGGUGUUCAAGGGUCCCCUACUCCCUGGACUAGUGCAGUCCUUGCCCUCAGCCCCAGACCAGAGAUGGGUGGUAAAUGCCAUGUGGGGUGGGUGAUGCCAAUAGAUAAAAGUGUGAGAGAACAGUCACAGGCUGUUGGACACAGCCUGGGUGGCAGAGGGCCAGGGUCAUCACCCUCUAGCAUCAGUGCCUGCUCCUGCCUGCCCUGGCCUUGAGGCUCCACCACUUCUUCCUCCACCCAGGACCUAAUGUACGUGUGUUUUGUUUUUUGUUUUUUAAAUAACAAUAUUUAUAACAUG